AUGGACCGAGACAACAUCCGUGUUGAUGGGAUGAAGGUAUUAAGCAAAAUAUGGAUGGAAUUUGACUCCACACUGGUUAUCGGCAGCAUUUCGGGAUGGCCCGAGGAGCCCGACAUGAGAGAGUUUUUGAACAAGUGUUCAAAAUUGUACGGUCAAAUAUUUGACAUUCUUGAUGCAGGUGGUAUCGUAAAAAUAAAACAUCGGGAGAACCUCACUUGCCUGGAAACGCCGAACAAGUCUACCACCUCCUCGCGAGCGGCCAACAGUUCAGGCGGGUUCGUCCGCCCGGCCGGGUCGUUUGACGGCGUGCACUUUGUGGGCCAGAGCUGGGUUUCGGUAUGGGUCUUUGACAUUGGCGACGGGAACAACGGCGUGGUGCUCGUCGACGGGCUGAACAACCCCGGACGACGUCAAGGGCGUGGUGCUUCCGGGCCUGGCCGAGUUCGGGUGCAAGGGCUCCGACAUCAGGGCCGUCUGAUAUCAAUCACGCACAAGCACGCCGACCACGACGGCGGACUGCGGUACCUGCAGGACACGGUUGGCAUGCCGGCGUACGCCACCAAGGACGUGUGGGAGGGUGCUCUAGGCCGGAGAUCCCGUCGGUCCCAAGGGGCUGGUGCGGCCGUUCCGGAACGAGACCCGGACGGGCGGGAGCUCACGGGACGGUCAGCUUCCUCGUCCCUCGUCGUGGACAAUAGCCAGGAGCAUCUGGCGGGCUUCUACAGCGGCGACAAGAUCCCGGCGGCGGCCAAGGCCAUGGGCCAGCAGAUUGCGUCUUUCCAAAAGUUCGCCGCCAAGACCGAGAAGGGCGCCGACGUGCCCAUGUCCUGCCACGAGACGCAGGACAACUCCAUCUACGACUUUGACGUGAUGGCGGCGGGCGCCGCGGCCACGAACUCCUUUGUCAUCGGCACGCGCGUGUACGUGCGCUACUUGAAGACCAUGUCGCUCUGCGUCCGGGUCAAGGUGGCCAGGGACGAGCAGGGGGCGGCUGCUGCCGGUUAA